UGCUUCCUCCUGUUCCUCUGUCUAGUUGCCCCCACCGUGAAGAUCACCACCAACCCCCCUGGGGUGUACAUCCACAUGCCUCGGAAAGUGAAUCUUACUUGCCACGCGAGCUACUUCUACCCCUCCCCCCUGAACCUCAUCUGGAUGGAGAACGGGCACAAGAUCCAGACCCCGGUGGUCCCCCAGGCCACAAGCAACCCAGAUGGGACCUACUCUCUGGAGCACACGUGGCAGGCAGAGGCCAAGCUGGACAGGAGUGAGUUUGCCUGCUGGGCGCUCCAGGAUGAGCAGCCCGCAGUCCGGACCAACAUCACCCUGUCCAGGCUGAAGAAAGGCAGGAGCGCCUACUCUCACAUCUUCCAAGGGCCCCUUCAGCGAUCUGAGCCGGGCACAAGCAUCCAACUGACGUACAUGUCCUCCGGAUUCCCCACGUCGCAUGUCACAGUGACAUGGCGUAAAAACAACCACACACUGCUGAAGCCCCAGCGCGAGGUCCAUCUCAGUGGAGAUACCUACAACGUGACCAGCAGUGUGCUCAUCCCACUGCAGGCUGGCGAUGUGUUCUCCCACGUCCUCUGCCAAGUCCAGCACAAGUCAACCGUGGUUUCCCAGCAAAUCAUUCGCCUGGACCAGUACCUCCGUGUUCCCCCUGCAGUGACAAUAUCCCAGGCUUUACCUUCCUCGGACUUGGUGGCCAUUACCUGCCACGUGCAGAGAUUCUACCCACAGAGCGUACAUCUCACCUGGCUGGAGAACUGCCAUAAAUUCAAGGGAGCUGAGCAACCCACACCCAAGCAGAAUAGUGAUGGAACCUACACCCUGGAAAGCUUGCAGUUGGUGAACGCGUCACUGCAGGGGUCUGAGCGGGUUCUCACCUGUAAGGUGCAACAUGAGGCACAGCCUCCUAUCCAGGCCAACCUCAUACUGUCCACAGCAGUGCGUGCCACCUACAAGCCCAUUGGGAGCCCAGGGCCAGAGAUGCCUGCCCUUGUCUUUGUGGUGUUCCUUUUGGGCUUCAAGGUGAUGCUGUUGAUGAGUUUCACAGUCACCUACAUCCACAGGCGGUGGAACCUGUAACAGCUCAUGCCUGCCCUGUAAUACAUUGCCUUCUGCCCUCUCCAAGCGGCUCAAGUAGAGAGAAGCUGCAAAGACCUACAGGUUACUCAAGACCUCUGCCCUCCACUCUGACGGACCCACCUCCACCAUGGACAUGCUCCCUCCACACACCCUCCUGAUGGUCCUUCUCUCUGGUGGUAAAGCUGAGUCAAGGAUGGACUUUGGUCAUGGGACUCGGGCAUGUCUGGACCCUGUGCAUUGAGCUUCAAACUGGCCCUGCCUCCACCCAAAAGAGAAUCAAGAAGAUAAGACAACUGGUUUCGAUCCUUCCCUGGUCAUGAACAACCCUUAAUAUUCAAAGCAGAUUUUACCUAUCCAGAGCUUUUGCAAGUAUGAUUGCAUUUUAACACAUAUAUUUGAAAUCACUAAGUAAGGAUUUUUCUAUUCUGAAAUAUUUAAUGAAUAAUAUUAAAAAAGUCCACGGAACUACCAAUCUAUCUUUGCAAAAUAUUAACAUUUUUGCCUUGUGUUCUCUGUUCCUUUUGAAAACACUAUCCUGAAUGUGGUGUUAUCAUUCUCUAGCAUGAUUUUAUACUUUUACAACAUAUGUGUAAAUCCUUAAGCAAUAUUUAAUAUUAUUUUGCAUGUUUUAAUUUUUAUAUAAAUGCUAUUAUACUCUAUGCAGCAUUCUGGAACUUCAUUUUUUUAUGCGCAACGGUUUUUGUGAUAUAUUCAUGUGCUAUAUGUAGCUCCAUUUUAUUAAUUUCCCACUGCGCUCUAGUUUUCUAUUGUAAGAUAUGUUACAACUUACCGAUUCUUUUCUUGAUGGAUA